AUGUAUAAGUCUCCUGUAAAAUUUGGCUGCAUUGAGAUUCUGGAAAUCGGCGGGCAGACGAAUCCGGGCGGCGGCGUCAGCCCACAGGUGGCCAGCACCGACAGUGCCAGCGGCAGGAAAAUAUUGAGAUUUAGAAGCUUAAGCCUUAUUGUGGUGCAGAGGCAAAGCGCCGCCUCGAGCUCGAGCAGGCCUUGCAGCACGGGACAGCAUAUGUUCUCCUCCGGAUUCCCUAUUCCGACGUGUAUCAGCCCACCGAGAACGUCCAGGCAGAGCCCCAGCUUCAGGGCGUCGAUCGGGCACGUGGCUGCCGGCGGCGGUCCGGGGACCGGCCGACCGCCGCCGCCGGGAGACGGUGGGGGACAUGUGACCGGCGGCGGAAGGACGGGCGGCGGGAGGAUUAUGGGCGGCACAAUGACCGGAGGGUUGACCACGGGCGGUGAGAUUCUUGGUGGAGGUUUGACUAUGGGCGGCGAGACUCUCGGCGGAGGUUUGACAACGGGCGGCGAGAUUCUAGGCGGAGGUUUGACCACGGGUGGCGAGACUCUCGGCGUCGGAGGUUUGACUAUUGGGUGGUGGUGCUUGGGCGGCCGGGACGGUGGGUGA